ACAACACCGCACCGGCUGAGUUAUGACAGCAAUGCAAGGGAUCCAAGAGUCUGGACACCAAGGUCCAGUUUUGUAACGCCCGGCCCGUCAACAGUCUAGGGGCCCUAACUAUCGACACGAGUUACCCGCAAUUUAGAAACGCCAAGACAGCACUUACAUUCUCACUUCCUCAGCUACCAAGGCCAGGGUCGACCCUAACCUAACCACGCAAGCUUCUCCAUCAUCCGCAGCAAUAGUCUUCAGCCGCUCAUUGUCUGAUGACCCACCCCAGUUGAAGCCGGCGUGUGGAACUGAUAUGGUGGAAGGGUGGAUAGUAGGAUUACAAGACCUAAUUGUCUAGCAAGGAGCAAGAACCACCUUUUUCCCCAUUAAUUUCACAGUUAUCGGACAUUUAUAGCUUCUAUUUAUCUUUUUUUUUUAUCUUUUUUUCUUCUUGCUUCUCCUAAUAGGAAAGCAGCGUAACCAUGGAAACUUAUCGUGGCUACGUACGGACGCCCGCGGACGCAAUCAAACUUUUCGAAGCUUGCAGGUUGGGUUUACUUCCGCGGGUACAGAGACGAUUAUCGGAAAAAGAAAGACAGUCCAUUACAUCUGGUUCAGUUUUCGUGUGGGAUGAGAGGGAAGCUGGUAUGCGUAGAUGGACCGAUGGAAAAUCAUGGAGUGCAAGCAGGGUUUCCGGCAGCUUCCUCACGUACAGAGAGAUGGAGGGCAAGCGAGGAACUACGUUCGGUACAACACGACGAAGUAACGGAAGGACACCUGAUAGUGGACGACUUAGUGAGGAAGACCAAGAUGGUGAACCUGAAGGCUAUAGAUACAAGGCGGACGGCUUGAUGAAGCAGUCAUUUAGCAUAACAACAUCGCAGGGCCAGCACCUCCAUUUGAUUUCAUAUUAUUCCCGACCACACGCUGGGGCCGGCGACUUGCUUCAACCAACUACAGAUCCCCAACUGCGACAUAUUAUCCCUGCGAAGGGCUUGUACCCUGAAUCGAGCCUUCACGAAACAAACCCGCCUGCUUUGACGAGGGCUCCUAUGCAACCAUAUAAUACUCAUAACGGCGGUCAUGAGCAAACACCCUACAAUAACUACUUGGGCGCCUGGAACCCACCGGCGUGGCAAGGCCAAUGGCCGCCCUCGCCCAACCAUACUCCUCCCUUUAUGCAUGGGAAGCUGACACCAGAGAUAAAUCCUCAGAGCCGGCCACAACCGCAGCCUCCUCCUCAGAGACCUCAACUACCUCCGUUACCCCCAACCUCGGCGCCUUCUGCCCAAGCUCCCAUCUAUCCUAAAGGCCUAACCUACGAAAGUGACCGAUUACCACCGCCUAGUCUGGUCAGACCUUACUCUGUGCCAGGACGUGCUCCCAGCCUGUCUCCGCAGUCACAGCAACUCCAACUUCAAGCCGCUCAGGCUGCCCAUGCGGCACAAACCGCCAAAGUGGCGCAGGCCGUACAGGCCGCACAGGCGGUUAUAGAUCCCCGCCUAGCAGCAACGAGCGCACGCAAUCCACAGGGGCCACUUCCCGCGAUACCCGCAGCAUCUCGAGGACUGACGCCCCCAAGGAAUCAUUCUGUUUCGCCGCCAAGGCAAAUGACUUUGGAGAGUGGCAACGGCAACGCGAAUAAGGCCAGCUUGUCGGCACUUCUCAACCGAACACCGGCUAAUUCAGAACCGAAUAGCGCGAACCCGUGCAGCAAUAACAGCGCAGGCAGUUCACCUCGAGCUCUCCCAGCGGGAGCAUCUGGCGUACCAGUUACGGCAGACAUGUUUAGAGGGGAGGAUAAUCGGGCAAUCCAAUCUCUCAAUCGCAAGUUCUACCUUUGAGGGCUCACGGAUAAUUUAGCUGGCAUUGAUCGGGCGUUCAAAAAAAAAUUGCAUUCAAGGCGAGGGGGGUGGGCCCAGUUGUUUUUUUGUUUUCUAGCACGAGUAUUUUUCUAGUACUAUCUACAGCGGUUCGGAGUUACGGUUCGGCUUCACGAUAGUCAUGACAGAGCGCAGGUAACUCUCUCGAUAUUAAUUUGGCACUUCGUUAAUGGCUUAGUCGCUUACACCAGAGCAUGGACGCCCUCGUGGGCCAGGCAAUGUCCAUGGAGCCUCAGGGCAUAAGAAAGGUUGAGAUCAGGAGUGAGGAAGGUUUUAUGAAUGGGGUAGCUAAGGUAGACAGGUUCGCGAUACAAUAUCACGAAAAUACGAUAUUUUAGUCCUGCAUUGUUUACCGCUGGUUUCGCCUUGUCCGCUUCGUCCGUAAGUAGUGAGUAGGUAGUGUUUGAAAUCUGGUCCUGGCCGAGACUAGGGGGGAACUACAGGGAUUAGAGAUCGGCAUGGUAGACAUGAUGUGCCCCUGUAGUGCAUCUCGUCGUCUAUUCUUGCCUGGUUGUACGUUAGGUGCAUACAUGCUAUGCUUAUCCAUAUUAACUUACCCAUGAGGUUAAACAAGGUUUACCGAUUCAAAGUUAAAAACUUGGUAGUAGUAGUUCAUGAAUCCAAUAAGCAAUAACCUGGGUAGCAGA